AUGCCACCACUUGAUGGUCAGUAUCAUGUGGAGGAAAAAAGCUGGAAUGAAUUACUUUUGCAUUCUCGAAUGUGGCGUAAUGUAUCAAAAAAACGGAUGAAUAUGAUAUUACAUCAUUUCCUUCUUUAUGUCGAUGAUUCGGGUACAGAUCGUAUUCUUGCACUGGGUGGAUCAGGACCAUCACCUUUACAGACCAUUUAUACUGCUCCCUUGACGCGCUCACCUUUGAUUAGUUCAGUAGCUAAAUUGAUUUUACACCCUUAUUUGGAUUGUAAACCAAGCAAGAGUGGACCUGCACCUCCCGAAAUGGUAAUAUUAUGUGAAAGGCAAAGAACUGCCGUUGCAACUGGCAUUUCAUCUUACCAUUUUGAUCCAACUACUUCUACUUUAUUGUAUUCCGAUUCUAGCAAUUUGUAUUUGGUUCAGAGAAAAGAAACAAAUAUAAUUGGAGAAGCCAUAAGGAGUUGCCCGUUAUAUGCACGACUAUGUCCUGCAGACAGCAGUCUGGUAGCUUUUGUUGCAAAUUCAAACGUUCAUAUUGAUUGGAAAGGGGAAGUGGUAUAUUCUUCGAAAGCUGGCGCUAAUAUUAUGAAUGGGUGCUCAUCGUUUAUUACUCAAGAAGAAUUGAAUCGGUAUACGGGGAUGUGGUGGUCGCCAGGACCAAGAAAAAUGUUACUUUAUGAACAAGUCGAUGAAACAUUUGUUACUGGGUUGCAAUUUGCCGUACCCGGUUGUUUACCGUCACAGCCGAUGAAAUAUCCUAUCGCUGGUUCAGCUAAUGCUAUCUCUACAUUGCGGUUGAUCAUCAUAGAAGAAAACAAUAUAACUGAUCAUGAAUUGAAUGUGGAGCUUAAGUCAAUAUAUCCCUGGUAUGAAUAUUUAACACGAGUGGGAUGGUUGCCUGAUGAAAGCGCAAUUUGGGCCUUGUUGCAUAAUCGACUGCAAGACCGUUAUGCAUUGAUUUUGAUACCUCUAAGUUUAUUUGAAUGUAGGGAAAACCAAACUGGUGCUCAAGUUGUUACGCUGUUACAAGAGCAUUCUGACGUGUGGUUUAAUGUGGAUAAUUUAACUCGGUUCCUAGCCCCAGUAGGAAGAGUACUCCAAUUUAUUCAUGCUAGUGAUCGAAAUGAUCACACUCAUUUAUUUUAUUACACGGCUGAACUUGAUGAGACUCAUCCAAUAGCUACUUGUAUGUCAAAACCGAUCACAGCUGGAGAUUGGUCAGUUAUGAGAGAUCCAGGGCUAUUUGUUGACGAAAAAAGAAAACAUGUUUAUUUUGUCGCCAAUAAGCAUCAUCCAUCUGAUUCGAAUUUGUGCGUUGCUUAUUAUGGAGACUCAUCAACUGACUCAAAAAUUUUAAGUAGCAUUGGACUUUCAUAUAGAUACGAACGAAUGGAUGAACUGCAGUUGAAUCCGGAAAUUGGGUUUGUAUGUUGGGAAAGUUCUCUUCAGAUGCCUCCUAAGUGCUCAUUUUAUCGACUUCAUCAUUUAAAUGGCGACCGGUUGCCAACAGCAACUUUACAGCAUCUUAUUUUCUUACCCCAACCUACUUUCAGUGAAUCGAAUCUGAAGAUUGAGAAUAUAUGUGAACCAGAAGUUUGUGUCAGAGAAUAUCCAGAACUAUUCGAAUAUGAAUCGGCAAAUUCUAAGCGAAAGCAUUAUGCCCUUUUGGUUAAGCCUUUUGGAGCGAUUCGAGGACUUCAUUAUCCUGUUAUUCAACUUGUUUAUGGUGGACCUGGUGUGCAACUCGUUCGCAAUACAUGGUCCACAUGGGCUGGAUUUCGGAAAUUCGCCGGUCUUGGUUAUGCUGUUCUUAUUGUUGAUGGACGCGGCUCAUCAAAUCGUGGCAUUUCAUUUGAGUCAGCUAUCAAAAAUAAAUUGGGCACUGUUGAAGUUGAAGAUCAGGUGGAAGGCCUUCGGGAAGUGGCAAAACGCACAGAUGGUUUAUUGGAUCUGAAUCGUGUCGCGGUCAUGGGUUGGUCAUAUGGUGGAUAUCUGUCAUUGCUUUGUCUAGCUAAAAACCCUAAUGUAUACAGAGCAGCAAUUGUUGGCGCUGCAGUUUCAUGCUGGAGGCUUUAUGAUACAGCCUAUACAGAGCGUUUCUUGGGUUUGCCGUCUGAUCCUAUUUAUAAGGAGUCUUCAGUUUUAAAUUAUGUGAAUCAGUUACCAAAUGAAGUUGAUCGCUUGCUGAUUGUUCAUGGUUUGAUCGAUGAAAAUGUGCACUUUUCUCACACUGAACGUCUUGUUGAAGCAUUAAUUGCAGCCGGGAAGCCUUAUCGUUUACAGAUUUUUCCAUCAGAACGUCAUGGUAUACGGUCUGUCGAGGCUAAUGAAUUUCACGAUGCUUCCAUGUUGUCAUUCUUAUAUCGUGCUCUUAGUGUUGAUCAUCCACAUCACUGUGUAGAAAAAUAA